CUACUAACAUUUAGUGUGUAUAUUCAAAAUUUUUCCAGAGCUUAAAAAUGACUUUCGAGCUGUAAGACUCGCGCAGAGGUUGAGUUUAAUAUGUUGUCCAAUCCGUUGACCCUUGGCUGCUUCCUGGCCCAGUUCAUCCUUCAUCCCGUUUUAAGUUUAUCGGAGGAGUAUGAGACGGUCAACUGCUCCAAUCCCUUCACCGAAGUGACACCCUGCGGCCGUAUCAGUCCAAAUGGAUGCUGUGCCAAGGGAUGUGUGAGGAAUCUCCGCGGAAGAUGUGUCCUGGAGGAAUGUACUUCAUCCUGGAAUGCCUGGCUACGGAAGCCAGUGACCAUGAGCUGCUACUUCCACUGGUUCCUGCUGAUCUUCGCAGGUGUAAUCCUCGCCGUGAUGACGGGCCUGGUGGUUUGCAAUGUGGGUUUUGAAUUAAGGCGACACUUCCGCCAGCGAAGAAUCGAGCGGUUCAGGCGCUUCAGGGACUUGAGUGGAGUCUCCAUUGGAUCCACUCAGUGCUAGGACACGUGUGAGCAUCCAGGACCUUGAGUAUAUGAGGCUGGAACUGGGAGUGGGACUGGGACAAGAAGUGCCCGAGGGAUUUACCAUAAUCUGCAAUACAUUAGCGGCAGCUUUGCUCUGGAUUCCAAUUCAAUUCUUUGGGUAUCUUAGGCCAAAGCCAUGUAAAUUACGAUUCGCCACCUCGGAAAUCCUAUUAGUAGUUAAAACCUGAUUAGGAAAUACUUGCGGCUGGUUUGGGUUCACAUUCGACAUUCCACAUUCCACAUCGGCAUCUCGGGUUCGUUGAAAGCAAAUAAUAAUAAAUGGCUCACAUGCGAAAUGCUUUGUGGAUGCCCUCCAGGGUGACAACUCCAGUCGAAGAUGGAGCUUGGCAUUCAGAUGGCGAUGGAGUCGAGUCAAAGGUGCAAUAACCCAACCGAACGGGCCACAUAAAACUAAAUGGCUGCUGGUUGUGUUGGCACUCCCCAAACCUCCCCAGAAACCCCCAUCUCCGUUCUUUUCGAAUUCAGUUGCUAUUGCGGUGGAGAUAACACCCAUAAGGGUACACUCGAGGUCAAGCAGAGAGCAGCUAACAAUAGUUCAGCUGAAAUAAUAUGAGUGCGGCUUAAGAAAGUAUAUUUUUUAUCGAAGACUAAUUCAGUUUUAAAUUUAACAGUUUAAUAAAUCUUAAACAGCAAAA